GUCACUGAGCGGUCUAAUCCGUAGUGUCAAAGUCCAAUGAGCAAACCUAUUUUCGUGUGAAACUACAUUUUUAUACAACUUUUACCGUUUAAGAAAAAUGGCCCGUGUUUUGGUAGGCGUAAAACGAGUAAUUGACUACGCUGUCAAGAUUCGCGUAAAACCCGACAAGUCCGGGGUUGUCACUGAUGGGGUGAAGCACUCAAUGAACCCCUUCGACGAAAUCGCAAUCGAAGAAGCCGUCCGUCUCAAGGAAAAGAAAUUAGCUUCGGAGAUUAUCGCAGUGUCAUGUGGUCCAACUCAGUCGCAAGAAGUUAUCAGAACAGCGCUCGCCAUGGGGGCUGACAAAGGUAUUCACGUGGAGGUGUCUGGUAAAGACUAUGAGACUCUUCAACCAAUUCACGUGUCAAAAAUUUUGGCCAAAAUCGCUCAAAAUGAGAAAGUUGAUAUGGUUAUCGUGGGUAAGCAAGCAAUUGAUGAUGAUUCCAAUCAAACGGCGCAAAUGACGGCUGCAGUUUUGGACUGGCCGCAGGCGACAUUUGCUUCCAAAGUUGAGAAAGGCGAUAAAGAGAUUACGGUCACCAGGGAGGUAGAUGGAGGUCUAGAGACUAUUAAAUGUAAACUUCCGGUGGUUAUAAGUGCCGAUUUGCGUUUAAAUGAACCCCGUUAUGCCACCCUACCCAAUAUUAUGAAAGCAAAGAAGAAACCUAUUGCAAAAGUCACCCCCAAGGAUCUAGGGGUGGACGUUUCUCCUAGAAUCACUGUUGUAAGUGUUGAAGAUCCCCCAGUUCGUGAACCUGGGGUUAUUUUACCGGAUGUGGAUGCUUUGGUUGCUAAGUUGAAAGAAGGUGGUCAUGUUUAAGUACAAAUCUUGCAUAGGCACAAGUGUAUAUUUUUAUAAAUUUACAAGGUACUUUUUACAGAAAAAUACAUAUACCCAAUUACAAUAA